AUGAGGGCCAUCAAUAAUCAACUUUUUAAAUAUAAAGAGCAUAUCUUAACUAGACGGAGACACGUUUAUACUUAUGUUUGGUCAAAUAUUCAAGCAAAUAUGAAUACUGCAUAUAUUCUAUGUCGCAUUCAUGCAUAUUUUAGUGUUCGUUCGAUUCUUCUGCGUUGUAAAACAAAUGAAUUGAAAAGUUUCAAAGAAUUACGAACAUCUUACAUCAAAAUCAACGGUAUUUACGAUGAAGAUACACGCAUUCUGAUCAAACUAGUGAUUGAACUUGCUCUUUUCUCAGAAGAAAAAGGCGACCAAGGCAGGGAGAAUCAAAAUAAUGAAUUAGGAGCUCAAAGAAAUUAUCAGCGUGCUCUAAACCUUUGCGCAUUGGUGAGAACACUUUAA